GCUUUCAUUGAACAAAAAACAGCUUAAUUACAUACGGACACUUGCUCCAAAAAAAAAACAAAAGUAAAGACAAAAUACUUUUUGAGAAAAGUGUAUAAGUAAACGAUUGCCUAAUAAUGUCUGUGAUUGGAAUCGAUUUUGGUAAUGAGUCGUGCUAUGUUGCCGCUGCCAAAGCUGGAGGAAUUGAAACUUUGGCCAAUGAUUACAGUUUACGUGCAACUCCAUCAUGCGUUGCAUUCGAUGGAAAGAAACGCAUUAUUGGUGUUGCAGCAAAAAAUCAACAAGUAACAAAUAUGAAGAAUACAGUUAGUGGAUUUAAGCGUUUAUUGGGGCGUAAAUUUAACGAUCCACAUGUACAACGUGAACUUACUUCCAUUCCAUAUAAAGUAGAACAACGACCAGAUGGCGGCAUUGGCGUUCGUGUCAAUUAUCUUGACCAGGAUCAACUUUUCUCGCCCGAGCAAUUAACUGCAAUGCUUUUUACAAAGCUAAAAGAAACAUCCAUUAGUGCAUUGCAAGCUCAGGUGAACGAUUGUGUAAUAGCUUGCCCUAUUUAUUAUACAAACGCGGAGCGUAAGGCAUUGCUAGAUGCAGCUAGCAUUGCCGGUCUCAAUGUGCUACGUUUGAUGAACGAAACAACAGCCACAGCCCUAUCAUACGGUUUUUAUAAACAAGAUCUCCCCGAAGAUAAGCCACGCAAUGUUGUGUUCGUCGAUUGUGGUCACUCAGCACUGCAGGUCAGUGUUUGUGCAUUUACUAAGGGCAAACUAAAGAUGCUCGCUAGUACAUGGGAACAAAUUGGUGGACGAGAUUUUGAUUAUGUCCUUGCCGAUCAUUUUGCUCUCGAAUUCCAAGAGAAAUACAAACUUAAUGCUAAAACAAAUGCCAGAGCAUAUUUACGUCUGGUGACAGAAAUUGAAAAAAUGAAAAAGCAAAUGUCUGCAAACAGCACCAAACUGCCAUUGAACAUCGAAUGUUUUAUGAAUGAUGUUGAUGUUCAUUCGAGCAUGCAACGAUCAACAAUGGAAGAAUUGUGCGCUCAUUUGUUUGAGCGUGUUGAUGUGACAUUGAGAAGAUGUCUGCAAGAAUCGAAAUUAUCACCCGAUGAAAUUCAUUCGGUGGAAAUUGUUGGUGGAAGUUCACGUAUUCCAUCGAUUAAGGCUUUGAUUGAACAGACAUUUGGUAAACCAGUUUGUACAACAUUGAAUCAAGAUGAAUCUGUUUCACGUGGAGCUGCACUUCAAUGUGCUAUUAUGUCUCCAGCUGUGCGUGUACGAGAAUUCGGUGUAACCGACAUCCAAAACUAUGCCGUUAAGGUAAUUUGGGAGCCAGAAGGUUCUCUUACCGGCGGAGAAAUUGAAGUAUUCCCCGCCUUCCAUGCUGCACCUUUCAGUCGAAUGCUAACACUUAACCGAAAGGAACCAUUCAACAUGACUAUUCAAUAUGCCCAACCCGUCCCAUAUCCCGAUUCAAUUAUCGGCAAAUGGUUAAUUAAGGAUGUGAAACCCAAUGAAAAGGGAGAAUUACAAGAAGUCAAAGUUAAGGUGCGCAUCAAUCAUCAUGGUAUUGUGUUGAUUUCAAGUGCAUCUUUGGUUGACAAAAAAGAAGUUGAUGAUUCUCAAGCCGCCGAUGAACAACAAGCUGGAGACCAAGCACAACCUCCAACUUCGGCUACUGGUGAGCCAAUGGAUCUCUCUCAUGAGGAAUAUUAUGAAAAUGAUGAUGGUAGUAGAGAUUCGCCAACAGCCUCAUCACCAGGAGGACAAGGGUGGGCCCAGCGGGUCAAGGGAUGGUUUAGCUCGGGUAACGAUAAGAAAAAGAAGUCCAAUAAAUUAAUUGAACUCUCAAUGGAUGUUAAGACACACGGUUAUUCUCAAGCUGAUUUGACCAAUUAUAUACAACAAGAGACUAGAAUGAUUGCCAAUGACGCAAAGGAAACAGAACGCGUUGAUGCUCGUAAUGCACUUGAAGAGUUCGUUUAUGAUAUGCGAAAUAAAUUACAGGGAGGACCACUCGAACGUUAUGUUGCUGAAUCAGAUCGUGAGGCUAUUUGCAAACAACUGAACGAUUUGGAAAACUGGCUGUAUGAAGAUGGUGAAGUCUGCGAUCGCGAGACUUAUCAAGCCAAGUUAAACAACUUGCAUAGCCAGACAGAUCCUAUCAAGGAACGUUGUCAAAACUACGACAACGCCCCACAUGCCUUCGAUGAGCUAAGGAAAACCAUUGACUACGCUCGUGCCGCAGUCAAUGAAUUCCGAUCAGGAUCCACGAAAUACGAUCAUCUAACUGAAACCGAAUUCAUCAAUAUCUCCGAAGCAGCCGACAAGGCGGAGAAGUGGUUGCAAAAUGCUCUAUCCAAAUUCACCACAACACCACGCACCUCCGACAGUCCUGUCAAAGUAAGCGAAAUCCGCCACGAAUCGCACAGCCUGAGCGCAUGCCUUAACUCUGUCGUCAACCGCCCAAAACCAAAACCACCAACACCAACAACCAAGACGACCGAGCAGUCGCAUCAUCAAAAUGGUGAAUCCAACCAAGAUAAAAAGGAUGACUCUAAAACAAAUAGUAGUAUUCCAGAGGAUUCAACGAUGGACGUUGAAUAAAAAACGAAGAAGAAGCAAACAUUAAACUAAAUUAAAUUCUCUGUUAUAAUUACAAAAACAAAAAAAAAAAUAUAUAUAUUAAAAUAUAUGUAUAAUUAUUUCCUAUCAUUAAAGAAAAAAAAUCUUUUUUCGGUUUUUAGUUUAACACAAUAUUAGUGAAGAAAACAAAAUAAAAUAAAAAAAAACGCUGCAAUUCAAUAAAUCUAUAAUUACAAUAAAUACAGCAGACUAAGUUUAUACGAAAACACAAUUAUUAUAAACAAAUAAUAAAAAUAUUUAAGAAACAUUUUUCAAUGUGCAAACAAAAAUAAAAGAUGAAAUUAAGCAUAAAUUUACUGAAAAGCAGCAACAAUUAACAUUCAAACAAACACACAUGAAAUUUUUAAUUAAAUACAUACAUAAUGUACUAUCCACACCUACAGAGACACCCUAAUGACAAAAAUGCAUUAAAACUCAUAAAUUAUGUUUUUUUUUUAAUUUUUGUCUUUUAUAAUAACAUUUGAUAAGUAAGUUCAAACAAAAAAAAAUAUUAUUUAAUUUAUUGAAAUUCUUUAAUUUUGGCAGUUAUUAUAAAAAAAAAAUAGCAAACGGGAGGAGAUGUUGCUUACUAAAUAUUCCUUUUAAUAGAAAAAAAAAAAAAACACUAUGCUUAAGCAAAUUUCCAACUCUCUCAAUAAAAAAAAAAAAAACAAACAAAAUGUAACAGGCUUUACAUCUCUUUACAAUUAAUUAAUUUCGAAUUAUCAUUGAUUUAAAUUUAUUGCAUUUGUCAAAAUAACGAAAUAGAUGAAGAAUAAAAAAAAAAAACAA